AUGCCCGCGAUCUAUCUCUCUCAAACGGCGAUGGAUCAACUUGACGAAUCUCGCAAGCGCACUGCACGCGCUUGCGAUUCUUGUUACAAACGCAAGAUAAAAUGUGACGCAGCGUCACCAAAAUGUAACUGGUGUAGCCACCAUAAUCUCCCCUGCACAUUCGACCGAGUGGUGCAACGCAAACGAAAACAAAAAGAUGACGAUGAAGACAACGAGCGUAGCAAAAAUUCCAGACUGUCAGAGCGGAUUAGUCGCAUUGAACAGCUUCUGGAGGAGCAAAUUCUGCGUGGGGCUAGCGCCGAGCCGAUGAAUUACUCGGAUGCUCUUGGAACUAACACGGAGAAUACGACUGCGGCUAAUUCUCCGGCCACCAGUGUUAGCACCACUACCAGCACCAGUGGCAACAACCAAGAUCUUCUCUCAGCCUCAGCCGGGGUGCACUUUGCUGGUCGAGAGUUAGGUGUCAUCAGCUUACUCACUGGUAUCCCAUUUCUUUUACCAGAAGGCCAGGACUGGAUCCAGGCUCGCACUGGACAGGCUGUUUCAAGCGAGAAGUUCAGUCCUGCUCGGCCACCAUGGGAAAAAGAAAGAGGCCAUAGCUACAAUGACAUUUUGAUGAAUCUACGAAAUGAAGAUCUGUUCGAGUUACCUGACAGGCAAAUCGUGGAUAUGUACUUUGACGCUUUCAAACGCUCCGUGGUGAUGCCGCUUGUUUUCCCUGUUGUGGAUGAGGUAUUAUUCGCGGAAACCAUCGAUGAAGCUUAUAAGCAGCAUCAUUCAAGCUUCGCAUUUGGUCAAGCGAGCACCAGAGCUUGCAUUAUUGCUUUCGUCGCUUUUAUUUCCCGUCUUCCGCCCGUUAAGGAAAUUGUCGCGAGUACCUCACACGAUAUCCUCCAUCCGGACCAUGAGGUUCUGAUUUCUAAGGCUCAGUUCCUACUGUCACAGGUUAUACAAGAGCCCGCAAGCUUAGAAGGCGUACAGGCAGUCAUCAUGAUGACACUGUAUGAAGUGUCAUCAGGGAAUAUGCGAGCCACAAACUACUAUGGUGCUAUAGCAGCACGUCUCAUAUUCAUGCUUGGCGGAAACAUCCUACAUACCAGAUACUAUUCCCAUGGCGAGCGGGCCCAAAGAAGGCAGAAGCAGCUACGUAAUCUGUUCUGGGUCUGCUAUACAAUGGACAAAGAUAUUGCUCUUCGCACAGGCCAGCCACCUGCCAUUGCUGAUGAGAACUGCGAUCUUACUCUACCACCGGACUAUGCUGAGAAUGCAUUUUUAGACCCUGAAGAUCCAACAGUAAAUCUCACACAACCAAGUUUCCCUUUCGACCUACGUUUGAGCAUCAUCAAGUCCCGCACUCACAGUGCACUUUACUCCGUGAGCGGAGUUCAAAAGACAGAUGCUGAGCUCUUGAAGUCAAUCCGGGAACUUGACGAUGAAUUGGAGGGAUGGCGACUGUCCAUCCCGCCACGCUGGCGUCCAACCAUGUCCUUCUCCGCCGCAUCGGACCCUAACGCCAGUAUGCACACCGUCUUGUUACGUUUGAACUACUACCUAUGCGUAUCUAUCAUUCACUCAGCAAGCAGUCGAUGCAAAUCAUGGCGAGAAGGAACUGGAAUGCUAGACGGAAUUAAUACAAGUCUCGCACUAUCAGUCGAGGCAAGCCGCUCAACCCUCUAUUAUCUCGGCGCGGCUGAACAUGUCCUCGUCGAUGGUAUUUUCUGGACCCUUCUCUUCUAUCCCAUGUCAGCACUCCUCAGUAUUUUCUGCAGUAUCCUUUCGAACCCUUUGGAUCCUCGCUCCCAUGAAGAUCUAGGCCGUCUUAAGAUGGCGACGGUGAUAAUGGAGCGCAUGUUUUUCCCAAAUCUCCCUAACAAAGAAAUUAUUCACUUCAAACUGGUGGCUGACUUCGUGUCGGAAUUGAAACGUCUAGCUGAAUGUGCCAUUGACAAGGCGUGGCGUGAACAAAGCAGCGCCGCCCUUUCAGCACGCUGA